AUGGACAGCAGCCAUGGUAGUUGGCUGUCCAUUUUCAUAGUCACUUGUCGGAAGAUUUGGAGCCGGAGGAACAUGCUGAAUCAUGGUGAAGUGGUGCCUCCGAUUGGGAGUAAAGUAGAUAUUAUUUUAAAAUUUAUUUCUGAUCUUGAUACUGCUAUUACAAAUCAAAAGAACUAUAAUCUUGCUCCUCUUGUCAGCAACGUUACUGUUUCAUGGACUUUUCCUGAAGAAGGUUUUGUGAAGGUGAAUACGGAUGGUGCUUCCCGUGGUAAUCCUGGUAUGGCAGCCUGUGGAGGUGUAAUUAGGAGUUCACAAGGUUUGGAGAGGGCUUGGGGCAAUGGUUACAGGAAAAUUAUUUUAGAAAGUGAUUCGCUGUUGGCAAUCACUGUGCUCACCAAAAGUGGUGCAGCAGUCUGUGAGGUGCAAUUGGUCUCUCGUAUACGGACGUGGCUUGGAAGGGAUUGGCAUGUUCAACUUCAUCACAACUUCAGGGAAGGCAACUCAUGCGCUGACUGGUUAGCUAAUUUUAUUUUGGAUUCCUUUGAGCAAGCUAAGCAGAGUUUCUUUAGUCAUCCACCGCUUGGUGUUCAGCAUUUAUACCUUGGUGAUUUAGCUUCGGUAGGCAGGGAGUGUAUUGUAGCUCUUCCUGAGUAG